AAAAUAAGAAUAAUAGUCAACGGUUUCUCAUUUACAGUAGAUAAGAUAGUUGUAUAUGUAGUGGUUUGACAUGUUUAUGGAUUCAUAAAUGGCCUCAUAAGGUGGGUGUAGUCAGGUUUUGUUUUAUCAGGACAUCCCAACUUCUAAAUAUACAUACUAAAACAAUGUUUUAUUAAAAAAGUAAAAAUCCAGAAAAGUUUCUGUGAAUAUCAUGAGAGUUGUCAUCCCAACCCUGAGGUUUGUGACCUAGCAUUAGGGAUCUCUGACUUCUUUGUUGGUACUGUUAUUGCACCUUAUUCUAUUCUAUUCUAUUCUAUUCUAUUCUAUUCUAUUCUAUUCUAUUAAAUCGCCCAAAGCAAGCCAUUUGCUUUAAGAAACAAACAAAAAAAAAAAAAAAACAAAAAAAAAAAACUACAACAAAACACCUUUAAGACUUUAGAUGUUCUUUUAUUUUGUAAUCAAGACUCGCAGAGCUAGUGACUUUUAUUUUGUAAUCACCAGAGGCGUCUAAAUCAAGGACCUCCAUACAGGCAGCUGAUGAUACUGCCGGCUGAUACACUAUUCAUUUAAUAAAUAAAUAAAGUAGUGUUUUGUCGCGGCAUACAGGCUCGAAUGGAACAGAGGAUGUUUGUUUUUAUCAUAAUCAGUUUAAUUUGACGAAUGUCUAUGGUAUCUAAGGGGGAAAUGUGUGGAUUUAUGAGUCAGAGCUUUAAAUGAGGAUCAUGGCGUUUCCGGAGGGAGAAUCGCUCGAAUCUUGGCUCAACAAAGCCACACACCCCACCAACAGGCAGGAGGACUGGGAAUAUAUAAUCGGGUUUUGUGACCAGAUCAAUAAGGAGUUGGAAGGUCCUCAGAUAGCUGUGAGACUCCUUGUUCACAAAAUCCAUUCCCAAGAAUGGGAAGCCCUUCAAGCUCUGACAGUACUGGAGGCGUGUAUGAAGAACUGUGGGCGAAGAUUUCACAAUGAAAUAGCCAGAUAUAGGUUUUUAAACGAGCUGAUUAAAGUGGUUUCACCCAAGUACAUGGGGGACAGUGUUUCCGACAAGGUGAAGAAUAAGAUCAUUGAGAUGCUGUACAGCUGGACGGUGGCGUUUCCCAAUGAGUCCAAGAUAGCAGACGCGUACCAGACGCUCAAGAGACAAGGACUCGUGAUGUCGGACCCAGAACUGACGGUGGACAAAACCCUGAUCCCGUCCCCUCCCGCACGGCCCAAAAACCCUGUGUUUGACAAUGAGGACAUGGGGAAGUUGUUGGCUGAACUUCUGAGGAGCAAAAACCCAGAAGAUCUUCAGGAGGCGAACAGACUGAUCAAAAACAUGGUGAAAGAGGAUGAAGCCCGAGUGCAGAAAAUGACCAAACGCAUCAACACGCUGGAGGAGGUGAACAACAACGUCAAGCUCCUGAGCGAAAUGCUGAGUCACUACGACAGGGACCGAUCGUCAGACGCCGACCGUGAGCUCAUCAAGGAACUGUACGAGCGCUGUGACAAACUCCGACGCACCGCGUUCAAACUGGCCACUGAAGCGGAGGACAACGACUCCAGUUUGGGUGACAUUCUCAAGGCAAACGAUGAUUUAUCCAGAGUAAUCGGCUCUUAUAAACGAAUCGUAGAAGGACAGGCGGACAACGGCGAGGGUGAUGAUCUCCCACCAGCUGCUAGUGAAGGAUGUGAGACCACGGGCACAUUGAUUGAUCUGGCUGGCCUGGAUGAACCUUCCUCUCCCCCGACUGUCCCUCCUCCUUCUCUUCCUCCUCAGGUCCCUUCCACCAAUCCUAUGGCCUCAUCCAUCCCUGUGCUGCCGCCUCCUCCUCGCCGAUUGGCUGGCGGUCAUGGCAGUCAGACAAGCAGUCCCAAUCACAAACCACCUGAGCAGCAAUCCUCCCUCUCAUUACUGGACGAUGAACUCUUGUCUCUCGGCCUGAAUGAUCCGCCCUCUGUGCCAAACAGACCAAAGUUGGAUGAAUUGUCUGGUCAGUGGACGUCCUUACAGGCUCCUGAUCCGGGCCUGGACCUGUUUGGGAGCAUCUCGGCACCGAGCGCCGUCUUUCCGUCAACACACACACCUGCACAGACCUCACAUACCCAGGCUGUCAGUCAGGGGCUGCAGGAUCUCUCCAUGCUGGACUUUGGAGGUGGAAAGAGUGUUUCUGGUCUGAGUGGCAUUGCUGGAGGUACUUUUGGUCUCUCUGGAGGUGUCAUGGGCUCCGCGGCUGGCCCUCUUGCGUCCACUAACCCAUUUGUGAGCGCGGCGGUGCCUGGCUCGCCCGCUGUGGCUCGGGCUCAGGCGGUGACGGGCGGCUCGGCUCCAGGCAGCCCUUUCUUUCAGCCCUUCUCAUCCCCGUCCCACUCACUCCAGAGCAGCCCAGCACGGAGCUCCGAACCCAGCCUGUCCAACCUGUACGUCCCGCUCGAGUCCAUCAGACCCAGUAAAGUCUUACCUGUGACGGUGUACGAUAAGGACGGAGUUCGUGUUCUUAUGCACUUUGCGAUGGACUGUCCGCCGGGUCGACCGGACGUCCUGGUCAUCGUGGUGUCGCUGCUCAACACGGCACCGUUACCCGUGCGGAACAUAUUGCUGCAAGCAGCGGUUCCAAAGUCUAUGAGAGUGAAGCUUCAGCCGCCGUCAGGUACAGAGAUUGCGCCCUUUAACCCCAUCCUGCCCCCCGCGUCCAUCACUCAGGUCAUGCUGCUCGCCAACCCACUGAAGGAGCGUGUGCGUUUACGCUAUAAGCUGACGUAUCUUCUGGGAGAACGUCAGUACUCGGAGGUGGGAGAGCUGGAUCAGUUUCCUCCAGCAGACAGAUGGGGGUCUCUGUAGAUCUCCACGCGCUCGCCGCCGUUUACCUGCUCGAACUCUUACCCCUUCAUUCCCAAGUAUCCUCAUUCAUUUGUGCUGUUUAUUUAUGUUCAAUCAGUGUUUUACUGUAGCCUUGUGAACAGCAUUUGAUGCUUGAUGUUUUACGCGAAAAUUCAAGCUGGAUAUUAAUACAAUAACGCAACGUCAGUGACACACAUGAUGUCCUGAAACGGACGGACACGUUUCAGAGAUUGAUCUUUUGUGUGCUGCCCUCACAGCAGUUUACCAUGGUAAAUCAUAGUUUCCAUCAAAACACCAUAGUAAAACAACAACUGACUGGCACUUUCAACAAAUAGACUACUAAGUUAUUGUAAUAAAAUUAAAUUAAACAUAUUUUUCUUUAAUUUGUUUAAAAUGACUUCCUUUGUGGAAGCUUGUUUUCGUCAGGGAAUAAAAAAAUUUAAAAGAUAAUUGUGACUUAUUCUGAUUUUUCUCAAAAUUGCGAGAUAUAAAUAUUUAAUUUAACUUUGAGCGCCACUUUACAAGGCUCAAUCGAUGAGCAAUGCAUCAUCUGCAUAACGCUGAAGCUUACGUUUCACUUCAAUGGCAUUGAUUCAAUGCAUUGAACAGCACUGACGCCAGUCAUGGGAAAUCCCCUUAAAAAUUAAAAGGAUACUGUAACAAAGAUAUCGCUUUCAUCCUCAGACAACUGACAGCAAACUGAUUUUUUUCACGAAUAUGACUUAACCUGAAGAAGGACAGACGCAG